GACUUUGGAGUUGUUUGUUGUCGGAGCAGAUUCAGUCUCAGAGACAGAAACACCAGAAACACCAGAAUCAUUUAUUCAGCUGGGCCUCGUGAUGCAGGUUCUCCUCCCUCUCCUCCUGGUCCUCCUCUCUCCUGACUCUCAGGCUGAUGGCGGCCAUGUCCUGGUUUUUCCGGGCGAGUACAGCCACUGGUUGAACAUGCGGAGCCUGGUGGAGGAGCUGGUGAGGAGGAACCACUCCGUCACCGUGCUGGUUUCAGCAGCAGAGACGCAGACAGGUUCAGCUUCCUGGUGUUCCAGGGCGGAGCUUAAAGCCAUCCCUGAAGAAUUAAUCCACUUCAUCAUGUACGAGUCUCACGUCUCGUCUCUGCUGCAGAAGUUCAUGAAGAUUCGUGACGUCAUGGGGCGGAUGAUGGACUUCGGGAUGCGUCAGUGUGACGCUAUGUUGAAGAACGAGCAGCUGAUGGCUACCCUGCGGGACGCCGCGUUCGAUGCCGUCCUCCUGGACCCGGUGACCAUGUGCGGCGAACUGGUGGCCGACGUGCUCGGCCUGCCGCUGAUCAUCUCGCUGCGCUUCACAUUUGGCGGCGUCAUGGAGCGACACUGCGGUCACGCGCCGCCGUCGUAUGUCCCCGUGCCUCCGCUGGCGUACAGCGACCGCAUGACGUUUGUGGAGAGGCUGGUCAACACGGUGACGUACGUCUGGAUAUCAGCGCUCACCGAGCUGUUCUGGGUUCCGAAGCUUGAUAAGUACUACAGUGAGGUCAAAGGUCACCCGAAGACCAGAGCGUUCGUGACUCAUGGCGGCACCAACGGUCUGUACGAGGCCGUGUUUCACGCCGUGCCAAUGGUCGGAAUCCCGAUCUUCGGCGAUCAGCACGAUAACCUUGCCCGUCUGAGCCGCCGUGGCGCCGCCGUCGUCCUCGACUUCAACUACCUGACAACCGAUGAGCUGACGGAGGCGCUGCAUGCCAUCAUCACCGAGCCGAGCUACAAGUCCAGUGUGCAGCGUCUGUCGGCGCUUCACCACGACCGGCCGGUGUCGGCGCUGAACAACGCCGCCUUCUGGGUGGAGUUCGUGAUGCGACAUGGUGGAGCGCGACACCUGCGUCUGGCGUCACAUGACCUGAACUUGUUCCAGUAUUACAGCGUGGACACCGGCGCCGCCCUGCUGGUCACUAUGACGGCGGCCGCCGCCCUCUGCUGGAGCGUCGCGCGGUACUUCCUGCGACGCUGCUGCAGACGACGAGGAAGAGAAAAGGCCGACUGAGGAGUUU